ACGUCUGCAGAGCGGGAGUGACGCGCGCCGCCGUGCCGGAGCUGUUCUUUCAGCACCACAGACUCGCUUCACUGAUUCAAACUCCCCGUACGACUGGCGCUGCUGUGAUGUGGAUCGCAUUGAAAGUGAUAUCUUCGAAUGCGCUUUAUUAAGGCCAAAAAAAAAAUUAGAACAGAAGGAGAAGAGGAGAGAAUGGGUGAGGUAAUGCACGACACUGAGCGAUGUACCGACUGAGAAGGUUCCUGGUUGAUGCAGAGGAGAAAAUAACGGAUCAGAAGAGCGAAUCCUUUCUGAGAGGAGAAGAUGCUCGCCUUGGCGCCUGCCGAAGGGCUGCAGGCUGUGCUAGCCGCAGCUGGUAAUUUCACAGACCUCACCUCCAAAGACAGUAAAACGACACGAUUACACCGGAGCACGGAGCUACAAGUUGGAACCACGGAGAAGUAUUUAGAAAAAAACAGUCACCUCAAACAGUCAAAAUGGAGUUAAAUCGCUCCAUGCCUACGCACAAGGCGCGUUCGCUCUAGCUUGACCGGUUACCUUCGCACCUGAGAUCUUCCGCCCAUUAUGACCGGCCAGAGUCUGGAGGAGCUGACAGAGGCCAGUUUUGAAGACAGUGUCAUCUGUAUAAAUGUGGGAGGAUUUAAGAAAAAGCUGAGGUCCAACACCCUUUCCCGGUUUCCAGAAACGAGACUCGCGAGGCUAUUGAGUUGCCAGUCAAAAGAGUCGAUAUUAGAACUUUGUGACGAUUAUGACGACAAUGAAAAGGAAUUUUAUUUUGACCGAAAUCCCACGCUUUUCCCUUACGUGCUUAAUUUUUACAACACUGGACGACUCCACGUAAUGGCCGAACUCUGCAUUUUUUCCUUUAGCCAAGAGAUCGAAUACUGGGGCAUCAAUGAAUUUUUCAUUGACUCCUGCUGUAGUAACAUUUACCACUGCAGAAAAAUUGAGCCGGAACACGAAGACUGGGAUGACAGAAGUGAAGAAGGCAGCACCACUUCCUCCUUUGAUGAGAUACUUGGGUUUUACAACGAUGCUGCUAAAUUUGAUAUGCAGCCGCUGGGAGCCAUUCGGAGGAGGAUAUGGUUAAUGCUGGACAACCCUGGCUAUUCUAUUCCCAGCAGGAUUUUCAGUGUGCUUUCUAUUCUGGUGGUUCUGGGCUCUAUCGCUACCAUGUGCAUGAACAGUAUGUCUGACUUUUUGAUUUACGAUAGUGAUGGCAAGUCUCACGAGGAUCCCCGAUUUGAAACAGUGGAACACUUUGGUAUUGGAUGGUUCACGCUUGAGUUGAUUGCUAGAUUUGUUGUUGCUCCAGAUCUUAUCAGAUUUUUUGAGCACCCUUUAAAUAUUAUUGACCUGAUGUCAAUACUGCCUUUCUAUCUGACCCUUAUUAUCAACCUGGUGGUUGAGAGCAGCCCAGCACUUGCAAAUCUUGGUCGAGUGGCUCAAGUACUCAGACUGAUGAGGAUUUUCCGCAUCUUGAAACUAGCCAGGCACUCAACGGGUCUCAGAUCUUUAGGAGCAACACUCAAGAACAGCUAUAAAGAAGUGGGGCUUCUGCUGCUUUACUUAUCGGUUGGAGUAUCAUUUUUCUCUGUUGUAGCUUACACCAUAGAAAAAGAAGAAAAUGAUGGCCUGGCCACCAUUCCUGCCUGUUGGUGGUGGGCCACUGUUAGUAUGACCACAGUGGGGUAUGGAGAUGUAGUCCCAGGAUCAAUAGCGGGGAAGCUUACAGCAUCUGCCUGUAUUUUGGCUGGAAUUUUAGUGGUUGUGCUGCCCAUCACGCUCAUCUUUAACAAGUUUUCCCACUUCUACAAACGUCAGAAGAAACUGGAAACCGCCAUGAGGAGCUGUGACUUUGAUGAAGGAAUAAAAGAGGUCCCCUCAAUUAACUUGAGGAACUACUAUGCACAUAAAGUGAAAUCACUGAUGGUCAGCCUUUCAAACAUGAGUCGGAGCUCCCCAAGCGAGCAGAGCCUUGACAGUUCUUUACAAUAACAUGCUAAACAUCUGAGGCCUCGGCAGUGAUUCGCUUGAAGAGGAGCGCUUACAUGUGUAGUUAUAGAAAUUCUGGGCUUAGAAGAACAAUAUUCACGCUGUUUUUCUAUCUUUGAAACUGACUAUAGAUAUUUGAGACAUUCCAUAAAUGACCCAUUUCUAUGCAGUAUUGAAAAACUGCAUGAAAACAACCAUCCAUGUUUCUCAUUAACUGCUGGAUGACAGCAUCUGGAAGCAGUGUAAGUGAGUGACUUGUGUUUGACCGCUUUAUCCACGAUAUGCUCUGUGGGCUGCGCAUGGGCGCACACACACACACACACAUCUAUAUACACAGAGAUGUGCAUCAUCUUCAGAAUGGCUUUGGUAUAUUUGCUAUUGCUAAUGAACUGCUGACACCAAUUUAAAUCACCUUAAACACAUUUGUAAGACUUGGACAGUCAUCAGCACACUAAAAGCAUGGCUACUUGUCAGAAAUGAGUGUUAAUGAAGUGUCUAAAUAUGCAAUGAUUUAUAUGCAGUCCAGUGCAGAAGCAUUCUCAUUUGUAUAUAAUAAUAGCAGAAACAUUGUGAUUCAAUAAUGCUGUUGUUAAUAAAUAGUAAAAUGUAAUGUAUCUGUUAAGAGUUUACCUCACUAAAUUUCUCUUUAUGAUGUAUAAUUGAAGACUCAUUUUGAUUAGCAUGUUCAUUAAUACAAAUUCAGAUGCAUUUGGAAACAUUUUACAUUUUUACAUACCUUGAAUUAAAAGUUUACAGCUCUUUACUGCCUUCACAAUGAGUGACAAUUAACUCCAUAUGACAAGUUCCACGAAAAGUACUAUUAAUUUCUGUCACUUUCAGCUUUUCUUCAAUAUCACCCUUCUCAUUAGAGCUAUGUAAAAUGCAGAAAGGAUUUUUAUGUAAACACAAUUACAUACAGUUGAUCAAAUUCACAGUAAGAAAUUUAAACAAGAUGGAAAAUAUAACCAUAAUAUUAUUUAAAAGAGUCAUCUAAAACUGUUCGAUCCAGGGGGUGGGUGGGGAAAAUAAACAGUUCACCAUGUGGAUUGCUUCUGAUGCAUAUAUGUCAAAUGCCAAUCCUACCAAAAAAUAAAAGACAACACAAAUGUUACAGGCUAUAUGUUGCAUCUUGGUUAUAGAAGUGUGAAAGAGGUCAAUCCAUUUGCUAAUCGUCUAAUGUACACCUCAGUGUAGUCUUUACAAUGAAAAUUUUAGGAACACCAAUUACGACUCCCUGGGGAAAGACAGCUCAUUUAACAAAGCUAAUUU